AUGCGUCAAUCUCUCCGCCGGUCCUGUGCUGCAUGUGCCAAGUCAAAGUCCAGCUGCGAUCUCCGCACACCGCGCUGUUCUCGCUGCAUCAAGCGGCAAGUCGAAUGUGCCUAUGCGAACGAACCUUCGACGGGGCCGGCAACUUCCGGGUGGCAGAAUGGGACAUCAACAAGCCCACUAGAUGGAUCCGGGACUUUAACCAACUACAGAUUCGGGUCUCUUGAUCCGUUUGAUUCGUAUCCGCAGACUAGACUUCCUCGAGAACACGUUCAACGUCUGAUCUACAGCUUCCUCCACAAAAUCGCCUUCCAAUACUACCCUCUCGACCUUAAUGCGACUUCAAACCCGUUCUUGGUCUCUUGGUGGCCACUCGCACUAGGGGAUCCAGCACUAUUUCACGUCUCUCUUCAGACGGCAUGUCUUGACGAAGAGUUGCUGGCGCAGAAAGGGUUUCAGACCUCUGAACUUCUUAUGGUAGACUCGGUGGCUCUACUGCGACGCAAAGUUGAAUACAUGUCACUGGCUGUUCAAGAUGGGACUAUGAACUCAGUCAUCACCUUGGCAACCAUUGAGUUCGGUAAAGGAAAUAUAAAAGUCGGUGAAAUGCAUGUCAACGGAUUAAAAAGGCUGGUCGACAUGAGAGGCGGCAUCAACGCAGUAAGGCAGACAAGCCCACUUACCGCGAGGAUGGUCAGCUGGGUAUCGAUGCUCAUCAUGGGUCAUCCUCAAUUCGAGACCCAGGAUGACUUCGGCAUUGGAGAUGGCAUUCCUCCCAUCCCCGAAUGGCAGUUUGACUCAACCACGCUCGACGAUCAGUUAUUUGAUCUCAACACCAUUGAAAUGGACUAUGCCGUUAAGAAUGUCUUCAGUCGUCUGCGCAACAUCUUCCAGCGAGCGCGCAAUAUACCUUUACCUGCCACACAACUUCACGACCUUACCUGUUUUGUCAUACACCGACUCCUACUCUCCGCUCCAGCUACGGCAAUACCACCGUCAUCACCGACGACGGAAUCCAUUCGCUACGGAAUCAUACUCUACAUGUUCAUUGCUCAGGGACCAACAUAUUACUCGCAUGCAGUCAUACAGAAUACGAUUGUGGUUCGAUUUAUGGAGCACCUUGAGCAUCUCGCAUCAACGCGGGUUUAUGAUUCACUUGAUGUCUGGUUUGCUGCGGUCGGACUGGUGGCUUCGGCUGGCACGGCUCAUCACGGGUGGUUUAUGAAGAGGGCACAAGAUAUAGCUGCCGCUCUGCAACUGGGCAACUUCGGUGACACCCUCACCCACAUCAAGACCAUUUUGUGGUUGGAGAAACCGCAGAGUGAAGAUCUCUUUCGAUCUCAUUGGGAUACUAUCUUCGAUUUCAAGGAUCAAUCAGUACUACCGGACCUCUCGAUAUCGGUGUCACCAUAUAGCAGUAGCGUGGAAUUUAUAUGA